ACGUCAGCCCUUCCCUUGCAAAUUAAAUGGCAGCGUACACAUUGGCCACGCUUGCCCUGUGAAAAAAGUACCGUUCUCCAUUAUUUUUUAUAUAUAUAACAUCUUCAGAACCACCCGAAACCAUGUCGGGACGACAAAACAACAAGUUACCCAACAAUUUACCACAACUUCAGAAUCUCAUAAAAAGAGAUCCGCAGUCUUACGUAGAUGAGUUUCUCCAGCAGUACCGACACUUUCAGUCCAAUGUACAGAUCUUCAAACUGCAGCCUGACAAAUCCAACAAGGAGCUGUCAGAUCUUGUUAUGUUUCUAGCUCAGGUUGCUCACUGUUACCUGCAGCACCUGUCCACCUACCCCAAAGAGCUGUCUGAGUUGUUACUGAGUUACCACACAGUCAUAGAGCCAGACCUCCGAAUGACCUUCUGCAAAGCGCUGAUUCUCCUGAGGAAUAAAGAUCUGAUCGACCCCACAGGACUCCUGGAGCUCUUCUUCGAGCUGCUGCGAUGUCACGACAAGCUGCUCAGGAAGACACUUUACACACACAUCGUGGCAGACAUCAAAAACAUCAAUUCGAAGCACAAAAACAACAAGGUCAACACGGUGUUACAGAACUUCAUGUACACCAUGCUGAGAGACAGCAACCCCACGGCAGCAAAGAUCUCCUUGGAUGUGAUGAUGGAGCUGUACAAAAGGAACAUAUGGAAUGAUGCCAAAACAGUCAAUGUCAUUACAACAGCGUGCUUCUCCAAAGUGACCAAGAUCCUUGUUGCAGGUCUUAAAUUCUUCCUGGGCACAGAUGAAGAUGAGAAAAAUGACAGUGAUUCCGAAUCAGAGAAAGAGGGUCCGUCAGCGAGAGACCUGAUGGUGAGAUACUCCACGGGCAAGAAAUCCACCAAAAACAAGAAGAAGAUGGAAAAGGCUAUGAAAGUCCUCAAGAAACACAAGAAAAAGAAGAAGGUGGAAGUGUUCAAUUUCUCCGCCAUCCACCUGAUUCACGAUCCUCAAGAAUUCUCUGAGAAACUCUUAAAGCAGUUGGAAGUCUGCAAAGAGCGAUUCGAGGUGAAGAUCAUGAUGAUGGAGCUCAUAUCGCGGCUGGUUGGAAUCCAUGAGCUCUUCCUCUUCAACUUCUAUCCCUUCGUCCAGAGGUUUAUUCAGCCUCAUCAGAGAGAGGUGACAAAGAUUCUCCUGUGUGCUGCGCAGGCUUCCCACCAACUGGUCCCCCCAGAGAUCAUCAACCCUGUGAUCAUGACCAUUGCCAACAACUUUGUGACGGACAGGAACUCCGGAGAAGUCAUGACUGUGGGUAUCAAUGCCAUUAAGGAGGUGGCAGCCCGCUGUCCCCUCGCCAUCAAUGAAGACCUGCUGCAGGACCUGGCCCAGUACAAGACUCACAAAGACAAAAAUGUGAUGAUGUCCGCCAGAGCUCUGAUCCAGCUGUUCAGGAACCUCGAUCCGCACAUGCUGCACAAAAAGGACAGGGGGAGACCCACCGAAGCUUCAGCAGAGGCCAAGAUCAAAGACUAUGGAGAGCUCGAGGCUAAAGACUACAUCCCAGGAGCUGAGGUCCUGGAUGAGGAGCAGAAAGAGGGAGAGGAGGACGAAGAGGGCUGGGAGAGCGCCAGCAUCAGCGAUGAUGACGAGGAUGGGGAGUGGGUGGACCUUCACCACUCAUCUGAUGAAGACACAGGAGAAGUGGUGGAGAAACUUCAGAGCAUCCCGCUUGAAGAGAGAAGAGCGAAGGCAGCGGCGGUGAGCGGCAGCAGGCUCCUCACGCAAGACGACUUCAAGAAGAUCCGUCUGGUCCAGAUGGCCAAGGAGGUCAACGCUGCGCCGGGGAAGGGACAGAAGAGGAAAGCUGUGGAGAUCGACGAUGACAGCGACAACGAACGGGAGGUGUUGACCUUGAGAAACAUCGAGAAACUGCAUAAGAAACCAAAAGCAGACAAGGAAACGCGACUGGCAACAGCAAUGGCCGGACGCCCAGACCGGAAGGACUUCAUCAGGAAGCGGACCAAGCUGAACCCACACGCCAGCACCAGCAACAAGGAGAAGAAGAGGACGAAGAACUUCAUGAUGAUGAGGCACAGUCAGAACGUCAGGACUAAAGGCAAACGCUCCUUCAGGGAGAAGCAGGUAAAGUCACGCCUCUUCGGUUCAGAAUGUGAGCCUGACGGGUCGUUCAUCUUCGAGGCUCACGAAGCCUGGAAAGACUUCCAUAACUCCCUGAGACAUUUCUACGAAGUGGGGGAACUCUGUGAUGUCACACUGAAGGUUGGCAGCAGGAUGAUACCAUGUCACAAACUGGUACUGGCUUGCGUCAUCCCUUACUUCAGAGCCAUGUUCCUGUCAGAGAUGUCGGAGGCCAAGCAGGAGCUGAUAGAGAUCAAGGACUUUGAUGGGGAUGCCAUCCAGGACCUGGUGCACUUUGCUUACUCCUCCAAACUCACUUUAACUGUGGACAACGUCCAGCCUCUGCUUUAUGCUGCCUGCAUCCUUCAGGUUGAGCUGGUGGCGAGAGCCUGCUGUGAGUACAUGAAGGCCCACUUUCACCCCACCAACUGCUUGGCAGUUCGGACCUUUGCCGAGAGUCACAAUCGCGUGGAUCUGAUGGACAUGGCCGACCGCUACGCGUGCGAGCACUUCAACGAGGUGGUGGAGUGCGAGGACUUCACGUGCGUGUCGCCCCAACACUUACGUACGUUACUGUCCUCCAGUGAGCUCAACAUCCACUCAGAGACACAGGUGUACAAUGCAGCAGUGAAAUGGCUGAAAGCAAACCCACAGCACCACGAGGCCUGGCUGGACCAGAUCAUGUCUCAGGUGCGCCUCCCUCUACUCCCAGUGGAGUUCCUGACUGGAACGGUGGCAAAGGACGAGAUGAUCAAAGGUAACCUGAGUUGUCGUGACCUGAUGGACGAAGCCAGGAACUACCACCUGCACCACAGCAACAAGGUUGUUCCGGACUUUGAGUAUUCAGUCCGCACCGUACCACGGAAACAUACCGCAGGGGUUUUGUUUUGCGUGGGCGGCCGCGGAGGUUCAGGGGACCCGUUCCGCAGCAUCGAAUGCUACUCUAUCACUAAGAACAGCUGGUUCUUUGGUCCUGAAAUGAACAGCAGACGACGUCACGUGGGCGUGAUCUCUGUUGGAGGUAAAGUUUAUGCUGUUGGAGGCCAUGAUGGCAACGAACACUUGGGCAACAUGGAGAUGUUCGACCCUCUCACUAACAAGUGGAUGAUGAAAGCUUCCAUGAACACUAAAAGGAGGGGUAUAGCCCUGGCAGCUCUUGGCGGUCCUAUAUAUGCUAUUGGAGGUCUGGAUGACAACUCCUGCUUCAACGACGUGGAGCGUUAUGACAUCGAGUGUGACAGCUGGAGAGCUGUGGCUCCAAUGAACACACCCAGAGGAGGAGUUGGAUCUGUGGCAUUAGGGAGUUUUGUUUACGCGGUUGGAGGUAAUGACGGCGUGGCUUCACUGUCCAGCGUGGAGCGGUUCAAUCCGCACCUCAACAAGUGGACGGAGGUCAGCGAGAUGGGCCAGCGGCGGGCUGGAAACGGAGUCAGCAAACUCAACGGCUGCCUCUACGUAGUGGGUGGCUUUGAUGACAACUCGCCCCUGAGCUCCGUGGAGCGCUUCGACCCACGCGUCCACCGCUGGGAGUACGUGUCCGAGCUCACCACUCCUCGGGGCGGAGUCGGCGUCGCCACCGUCAUGGGGCGAGUGUUUGCGGUCGGGGGACACAACGGAAACAUUUACCUGAACACGGUGGAGGCCUUCGAGCCUCGAAUGAACAGGUGGGAGCUGGUGGGCUCAGUGUCCCACUGCCGGGCCGGAGCCGGAGUUGCCGUCUGCUCGUCUCACGUCAGCCAGAUCAGAGACGUCGGCCAGGGCUCCAGCAACGUGGUCAACUGCAUGUGACGGCCGCUCCGGGGACUAACAGGUGACUGUCGGCCAGGCCACGGUCAGAUCUGCUCACUGCACAAGCACAUGACACACACAGAAAAAAAAAAGAAAAGCACACCGUUAUUCCACCCAGCAACCACAGUACCUGAGGAAUAAUGGGGAGACUUCACUGACUUGAAGUGGACAUUUGACAAAUCUGAAGUCUUCUCCGACAAAAUGACUAAAACGUCUCCGCUGGUGUUACUUGCAAUCAUUGAUGUAGUAUUUUGUACUGUAUUUUCUCGUAUGCUUUGACAUAGUUUUGACUUUUUUAAGUGAAAAAUAUUCGUGUUAAAUAUAAACCCCUCGCGACUAAGAGGAGAGUUUGGAUUUAGAACUACUAGCUAAGUGAAGACUUUAUCGCGGGGCCACUAUGAAUUAAAGCUGACUUUAAUGAGACUAUCUUUGGGUUACUGGGAAUUUUGGGGGUUUUCUUUUUUCCGUUAUUCGAGGUAAAUGCUGACAAAUCCGUAAACUGAAGACAUUCAAACUGGAUCCAGCCUGUGCAGGUAAAAACAUUAACACAUCUGUGAUGAGAUGUCGAGAUGCAAAUAUUUUUCCUAUGUUGAUGAACACGUUCCUGCAAUCUUACUCCAGGUGAAAUCAAACCGUUUCCAGGUUUGACUUUCAGAGUGUUUGAAUAAUCGUUUUAAGUCGUCGGCUUGAGAGUCCGACGACGCUGUGAAUGCAAAUCCGUUUCAGCCGCCUGCUAAAUCCCAAGUCGACUAUCACACCUCCUCCUCGGGUCCGAGGAAGGAGUCACCGACUGUAGCUGAGGAGCAAUCAGAGCAAUAUGGUGCAGCCCUCCUGUCCUUUGCCAGUUUUACAUUGUUGUACAGAAAUCCCGUGACGAACUUUCAAAUUAAAGCUGACGAUAGCUGGACUGUCAGAAAGUGUUUCCAGAUGAGACGGUUCUGUUAUAUUUUAAUAUAUGGAAAUUUUUUGUAUAAUAAUGACGAUGAUAACAACAACAAUAAUAAUAAUAAUAAUGAUAUAGGCGUAUCUUUGGUAUUAUUCGUAACUAUCUAAUCUGUUGCCGUGCACUAUUUUCAUAGAAUAGAUGUGAAGUUUAUCGAGUAUAUUUUUGUCCUGAAGAAUUUCAUGUCAUUAUGAGUCAUUAUGAGAUGUUUAUUUAACACGUGACGGUUUCUGCCAUAUCCAAGAGGGAAAACUAGGUAGAAAACUUUAAAAACUGUUUGUACAAGAAAAAUAUUAUUGCACAGUUUGUGUGAUUUUUACAACAAAACUGAAGCCAACUUUGUUAGCUAACGAGUCUUUUUGUUCUGUUUUUUUUUUUGUAAAUUUUGACGUGUGAACUUUUGUGUUGUUCUUCCUCUUUUGACUGCUUCCAUCUUGUGUUUUUAUUGGUAUAUAUUGGUACAAUAAAGCUAUGUGUAAAGUUCA